AUGAAAGUGGUAUUUGCCGCCUUGUUGAUAUUAGGCUCAAGUGUUGCUACGCGAUUAAUAUCUUCAGAUGAGCUGCAUAAACUAUUUCUGAGGGUCGCAAAAAAUGAAGGUUCGCAAGAAGACGCGAGGACUCUACAAGAUGUGUUCAAAAUCUACAGAUCAGCGACAAAUGCUGUUCAAAGACAGAACCCUAGAGGUAGAGAAAGUCUCACAUGCCUGAUAUGUCGAAGCGGGAUGGCGGCGUUCUUUGACAUGAUUCGCGAGGGAGCCACUGAUGACACGAUCAUAGACGCCACGGAGGCGAUGUGCACAUCUUUGGACAUUUUGAGACCUGAAUCUUGUCGCGGUAUUCUUGAAUUAAAUGUCCCAAUAUUUACGCAUAUAAUCAAAACAAUACCAGAAGCUUCUCCGCGAACGUUUUGUGCGUUAGUUUUACAAAAAAGCGACGACCCAGACUACUGUGUUAUUCAGGAUCCAAGGUUUGAGUGGACAGUCAACUUGCCAGAACGUCCGAACCCUGCAGAUAUCAAGGUUCCCAACUCAAAGCCUACACCGCUCACUAUAGCAUUAAUCACAGAUGCACAUUUAGACCCUCUUUACGAACCUAACGGAGUAGCAGAUUGCAACGAGCCAACUUGCUGUAGGAAAGGACAAAUAUCACGCCCGUUAACCUCGAGCUUGGAUUAUGACGUAGAAGAAUAUUUUACUGAAGAUAUAACAAAUGGAGAUAACUCCCUCAAUUUGGAUAUUGUGGAGGAGAUAAAAUAUAGAAAGAUAAUAACAAGAAGAGCAAGAGACACAUCGCCGGCAGGAUUUUGGGGUGAUUACAGGAAUUGUGAUACUCCGGUUUGGGCUUACGACGAUGUUAUCAAAAGAAUAUCAUCCGACCAUCAAAAUGCAGAGGUCGUUUACUACAUGGGAGACAGCAUCGACCACCACGUCUGGGAGACGACUUACGACUUGAUAAACGAAGUAAACGGUUACGUGGUCGACUCAAUGAGGCAACAGUUCAAGAAGGGUGUUCAAAUUAUACCCACCAUUGGUAACCAUGAAUCUCAACCUACAAAUCAAUUCGCACCAAUUACUGUCAAAGGUGACAAAUUGAACACAACUUGGCUUUACGAGAGCUUAGCCACGAAGUGGGACUUUUACUUGACCGAGGAAGCGAAGGCAUCUAUCCGCAAAAUGGGUGCUUUCUCCAUGCUAAUCAGACCCGGCUUACGCGUCAUUUCAAUCAACACCAACGUUGCUUACAAAUACAAUUGGUGGCUUGUCUAUGAUCCGUUAGAUUCCAAGCAGCAUUUGGAUUGGUUGGUGGAUGAGUUGUCUAAAGCAGAGUUAGCUGGAGAAAGAGUGCAUAUAUUGGCGCACAUGCCUCCCGGGAUAGCAGAUCUGACACACUCGUGGACUCGAGAGUAUAACAGGAUAGUUAAUAGAUUCUCCGCAACGAUAGCCGCCGAGUUCAACGGACACACACAUUCGGACGAAUUCAAGAUAUUCUAUAACGACGCCGGAGCGCCAGUGUCCGUGGCGUGGGGCGCGGGCAGCGCUACCUCCUACACGCACUACAACCUCAAUUACAAGAUCGCUAGCUUCGAUCCGCACACUUUCGAACCACUGAAUAUUGCGAACUACAUAUACAAUCUCACGGAAGCAAAUCUCAGUCCACAAAGACGUCCCCGAUGGUUCAAAUUGUACGACGUUAAGAAAACUUUCGGUCUCUCUGAUAUAUCGGCUCGAUCUAUGGACGAAUUGGUCAAAGGCAUGGUGACCCAUAAACCGUUCCUCUUGGCCAUGUAUUCAGCCUUCUUCUCUAAACAGAGCGACAACAGGUGGCCAUAUUGUGACGACGAUUGUAAAAUUGAUCAGGUCUGCAAAACCGUGGUCACGGUAUUAUGGGAACGAGAGAGAUGUAAUGUUUUGCGACGAUUGUUCUUUUCACAAUAAAUAAACUAAAAGUAAAUACAAA